AUGUCUGUCCGGUUCGGACAACUGCUCUCGCGCAAUCUGCAGCGAUGUGCUUUACGGCUACCAGUUACUUCGACUCUGGCGAAGUAUUCUAUUAGGAGACUUCCAACUGCACCCCUGUUGACCUCGAGAGCUUUACAUGCCUCACCUCAGUUCCGCGUUCCCGCUGGUACUGCGAACGCCGGCGUUGCAGUUGAAGAUGCCGGAGAGGCAGAAUUGAUCACGGAAUUCUCAGAGCUGGGAGAGAAAGGUGUGGUAGAUCAGAGAUUGAUUAAUGCUAUUACCAAGGGAAUGGGUUUGAAGACCAUGACCGAUGUUCAGGCACAGACUAUCAAUGAGAGCAUUCAGGGAAUCGACAUGAUCGCGCAGGCAAAGACUGGAACGGGCAAAACUGUUGCUUUUCUGCUCCCAGUUAUCCACAGAAUCCUUCAAGAUCCUACCCUUGGCAACUUGCGAAGAAAUUUUGCGUCAGCACAAGAUAUUCGGGCAGUGGUAAUCUCUCCUACUCGUGAAUUGGCAGAACAGAUUGCCGUUGAAGCGCAAAAGAUCACCCGUGGCUCUGGUCUUAAAGUACAAACUGCGGUAGGAGGAACAAGGAAACGAGAAGGAUUGAUGAGGCUCCAAAGGGAAGGCUGUCAUAUCUUGGUUGGAACUCCUGGCCGUCUGAUGGAUCUCUUCUCUGAUCCUACUAGCGGAGUUGCUGCUCCAAAGCUGCAGGCCUUCGUGCUAGACGAAGCAGACCGACUUCUUGACAUUGGCUUCGCUCCUGACAUCGAACGUAUUCAGUCUUUCUUCCCAAGUCGUUCUCAGGUUGACCGACAAACCCUGAUGUUCUCUGCCACCAUUCCAAAGUCAGUCAAAGGCCUGGCUAGAAGCAUGCUAAAACCUGACUUCACAUUCGUUAACACUGUUGGAGACGAGACUCCAACACACUUGAGGGUUCCUCAGAGAGCUGUCUUCCUCAGGGGCUUCGAGAACCAGCUGCCUGCUCUUUUCGAGAUUGCUAAACGAGCUGUCCAGGCGCAUGCCGCCAACCCAGAUACUGCGAUGCCUUUCAAAGCCGUAGUAUACUACGGAUCAACAGCUGAAGUCAGCGUUGCUCGUCGUGCCUUUACUGCCUUGUGCAGGGACCUGGAGAGCUUGUACACUAGUCGAGCUCCCCGUAUUCAGACUAUUGAAAUGCACUCUCGCCUGACUCAGGCACAGAGAACAUUCAAUUCUGAUUCUUUCCGCCGCGCUACCACUGGAAUUCUCUUCUCAUCGGACGUCACAGCUCGUGGCAUGGAUUUCCCAAAUGUCUCCCAUGUUAUUCAAAUGGGUGUCCCUAACGAUACAGAUACAUACAUCCAUCGUCUUGGACGUACUGCCCGAGCUGAUAAAACCGGAGAAGGCUGGAUUCUGUUCCCCGACAUUGAAUUCGACGCCUUUGGAGAAAAGCUUAGAAGCCUUCCUAUCAAGGAGGAUACCUCCAUUGAGUCUGCAAGCGUCGACUUGACAAACCCAGCUCAAUUUAGCCAGUCUAUAGCUUCUGUUUACGACACUCUUUCGAAACAAUUUACCCGAAUAUUCGACGAUGACAAGUUAAAGGCGUACCGCGCCAUGAAUAACCAGAUGUCCAAAUACGACAAACGGGAAUCUCGCCGCCUCCUCCACCAACUUGCUACUUCUAUUUGGGGUUACCCUGAACCACCAUACCUACCGGAGCCGUCACCCUCCCGUGCUGGAGGCCGGUAUAACCGUAGCCAGAGAGGCAACAGCGGCGGUUAUGGCGGAUACUCCGACCGAAGGGGCGGAUCGUCCUAUGGUGGCCGUGGAGGCUCCAGAGGGGGGUCGUAUGGCUCUGGCCGAGAUUACGGUCGGGACAGAGGAUUUGACAGAGGAUUCGACCGUCGUGGAUCCCAGGGGGACAGGCGCCGUACUAGCCUCUGGGAGUAA